AUGUGCGGCGGCGCGAUCCUCAAGGACCUCAAGGUCCCCGCGCCGGCGCGGAAGGUGACGGCGGCGGUGCUGUGGCCCGAGAAGAACAAGCCCAAGCGGGCCGACGGCGGGGGCUGGCGCCUCGCGGGGCUCGGCCGGCGCGGGGGGCGCGGGCUGGACGACGGCGAGGAGGACUUCCAGGCCGACUUCGAGGAGUUCGAGGCCGACUCCGGGGACUCCGACGUGGAGCUCGGGCGCGCCGGGGUUGCUGGGAAAGACGGCGACGACGAGGUUGUCGAGAUCAAGCCCUUCGCCGCCGUCAAAAGGUCCCUCUCCCAAGAUGACUUAAGCACCAUGACUACUGCUGGUUUUGAUGGUCCUGCACAAAGGUCAGCAAAAAGGAAGAGAAAGAACGAGUUCAGGGGUAUCCGCCAGCGCCCCUGGGGUAAGUGGGCUGCUGAAAUCAGAGAUCCUAGCAAGGGUGUCCGUGUCUGGCUUGGUACUUUCAACAGUGCUGAAGAAGCUGCAAGAGCUUAUGAUGUUGAAGCACGAAGGAUCCGUGGCAAGAAGGCCAAGGUUAACUUUCCAGAGGAACCAACAGUUCCUCAGAAGCGCCGUGCUUGCCCUGCUGCUCCUAAAGUUCCCAAGUCAAGCGUAGCACAGGAACCUACCGUCAUACCAGCAGUCAACAACCUUGCCAACCCAAAUGCUUUCGUCUACCCAUCUGCUGACUUUGCAUCAAAGCAGCCGCUUGUUCAGCCUGACAACAUGCCAUUUGUUCCUGCAAUUAACUCUGCUGCCUCUGUUGAAGCUCCUGUUAUGAAUAUGUACUCUGACCAGGGAAGCAACUCCUUUGGCUGCUCUGACUUGGGCUGGGAGUAUGACACCAAGACUCCAGAUAUAUCAUCCAUUGCUCCCAUUUCCACCAUUGCUGAAGGAACAGAGUCUGCAGUUCUCCAGAGUAAAACCUACAACCCAGCGGUGAUUGCUGAAGGAGCUGAAUCUGCGCCUGUCCAGAGCAACACCUACAACUCAGUGGUGCCUCCUGUUAUGGAGAACAAUGCUGUUGAUUUUGAACCUUGGAUGAGGUUUCUUUUGGAUGAUGGCGUGGAUGAGCCGAUUGAUAGCCUUCUGAAUUUUGAUGUGCCUCAGGAUGUCGUUGGCAACAUGGACCUUUGGAGCUUCGAUGACAUGCCCAUCUGUGGCAAAAUUUUCUGA